CACAUUCUGGCUCCUCCUUUAUCUCUCAUUGUUAUAAGGGAGAACAUUUUUUCCAGACUGAGUGGCAGGGGCAUAUUGUCCAACAUGUGGCUUCUCUCGGUAUCCGUUUGCCUGGCAAUCUUCAGCUCAUCUCUCACAUUGGCAUCCGAACCCCAUUAUGUCAUCACCUUCCCUGUAAAUCUAGUACAGGGGAUUGAGGAGAAAGUCUGUGUCACCUUCCUUGAUCUGACGGGUGCUGUUGAUUUAAAAUUAGAGCUGAAGAAAGAUGACCAAGUUCAUAUUGUGGCUGAAGAGAAAAUAGACGCCCCUGACUAUUCCAAGUGCUAUCACUUCCAGGUUCCUGUCAUUAAAGAAGAUCUAUCGGUCUGGUCACUUCAUCUGACUGCACAUGGAGAUCACAUUGAUGUGGAUGAGAGCAAGAAGGUUGUCCUUAUGCAAAUAAAAUCAUGCAUAAUACAAACUGAUAAAGCGAUCUAUAAACCGGGUGAUACAGUGAAGUUCCAGCUGAUCUCUGUGGACCAUCAUAUUCAUGCUACGGAUCAAACAUUUCCUUUGAUUGAGAUAACAGACUCAAACAAACAUCGUAUAGCCCAGUGGCUGAAGGUGUCUACUUCACAUGGAUUUGCGAGCUUUAGCUUUCAUUUGGCAGAUGAGAUAUCUCAUGGAAACUAUAAAAUUAACUUACCUGGUUUCUGUACGAAAAAUUUUAACGUUGAGGAAUAUGUGCUAAAGAGGUUUGAAGUAAUUAUUACCUCACCACCCGAUGUUACCCUGCUAGACAAGUCAUUUCAUAUGGAAGCCUGUGGCAGAUACACUUAUGGAAAGCCAGUACAGGGAUCGAUUGACCUUAAUAUCUGUCUUAAGCAAAAAGCUUACUAUAGCUUUGUCCAAGAAACCAGCGGUGAAAGUGAAGAAGGAGAAAACUGUAUAAACGUAAAGAAUGCGAAGAUGGAUUCCAAUGGAUGCCUAUCGAAAGACAUCAGCCUUGAACGAUUCAACGUCAUCUCGAAGUCAGAUCAACGUCAGAUUUUAUUAAUUAAAUCAUCAGUAACAGAAGAUCUGACAGGUCAUAUUGAGAAGGCUUCUGCUGAUGUUAACAUUAACACGCGUAAGACAAUUACAUUUUUUGAGAAAAUGGCGAUUUAUCAGAAAGACCUUCCAUUUCAUACCAGGGUGAAAGUAACUGAUGAAAAGAAGCAGCCCAUGCCUAAUAAAGCUGUAUAUCUCUAUGACGACAGACAUUCUGGAGAGCCACAUACAAGUGUGACGGAUGAGGAUGGAAUUGCUCAUUUUACUCUUAACACCUCAAAGUGGAGGAAUGUUGACUCAUUACGGGCAAGUUUGUCAUCAGGUGAAGAUGAAGACGAAGAUAGACAUUCAGUCGCCAGAUGUUGGAUUCUUCCCUUUUAUUCUGAGAGUGAAAGCCACCUUUCCAUUGAAAAGCAAUCAGUUGAAACAGAAUGUAAUUCCGAUCAGACAGUGACUGUAAAAUAUGACAUCCACAGGAAGAAUCUCGAUUCUGACACUGACCAUCUCCACUUUUUCUCCCUGCUACGUUCUAAAAAUGGAAUUUUAUCAUACAAGGAACAUAAAAUAGACAUUAAAGACCAAGCAAAUAAUCCAACUGUACAGGGUUCAUUUCCUGUAAGCUUUCAUGUCGACGCAGAUUUGUUUCCAGUGUUCUUUCAACUAGUUUUCAUACUGCUGCCAAAUGGAGAAAUGAUUGCAAACGUUGAACAAUACCGUAUUCCCUUAUGUGCAAAUGAAAAGGUACAACUUAAGUUCUCCGAAGAACAGGUCCGUCCUGGUGCAAGUGUAAAUCUGGAAGUCUCAGCCAACGCUGGAGCCUACUGCUCUAUACGUUCUGUGGAUAAAGGAUAUUUACUUCAGAAGCCUCAUGACAGGUCACUGCUAUCAGAUUUUAUCAGAUUUUCAGACUUAGGCUACGUUGUGUACACAGUAAGAAACUUAGCAGAGGAUCCUGUAAGCAACCAAUGCCCAGAGAAUGAGACCGCUCUUGAUACUAUGUUCAUGAUGGCUUUCCAAUUGGAUCCAUACUCACUAUUUAUGCAUAGCGGCCUAAAAACUUUUACAAACACUAAGUUCAAGAGUCCACCGAUUUGUGUUGAAAAUCAGUUUUCUGCCCGCAGUGGAACCAAACUGAAAAAACCUGGUGAUAAAGAUAAAGAGAUACAAGAACAUUUCACACGAAGGGACUUUACAGACAGCUGGAUUUUUGAAGUCGUUCCUGUGGACUCAGACGGACACACUGUACUAAAUCGAGCUACACCACACAGCAUCACUAAGUGGGUGACUGAUGCCAUUUGCUUAAGCAAGACCGGUUUUGCCAGUGUCACUGGUGUUGAGCUCACCACCUUCCAACCUUACUUCAUUGACCUGAUGGCCCCCUACUCUGUAGUACAAGGAGAGAAAUUUACCAUACAAGCCGUGGUCUUCAGCUAUGCAAAGAAAUGUAUUCUGAUUGUCGUGUCAUUGCCGGAUUCUGAGGAAUUUGCAACAGUCAAGAACAGGGAGCAAGCCAGAUGUGUCUGCGAGGGGCACGCACACAGUUUCACCUGGGAUGUUACAGCAGUGAAACCAAAGACCCUAAAGGUCCAUGUAGACAGUGGUUCUCUAGAGGUCGAUGGGAAAUGUACUGAGGAUCCUUUACUGAUAAGCAGUGAUCAUCGAGAAGAUUCUGUUGAGAAAACCAUUGUGGUCAAGCCAAGGGGACAUGAAGAAGAAAAGACACAGACGUUCAUUAUAUACCCGCCAGAAAAUAAAGAGGACAUUCAUUUCACCUUGGAACUCCCAGAGAGACUAGUACCCGGCUCUGAACGUGCGCACCUCUUGGUUCAGGGUGAUAUCAUGGCCAAUAUUAAUGUUAACUUGAACAAUUUACUGUAUAUGCCUGAUGGAUGUGGAGAACAGAGCGCAGCCAAGUUUCUCAGAUUUUUAUACACACUGGAAUAUCUCGAGAGCAUACAUGAACUGACUCCUGAAAAAAAAGCCAGCAUUAUAGAAAGUUUAGAGAAAGCUUACCAGAAACAACUGACAUUUAGAACAGAAAGUGGCUCCUAUGGGUUCUUUAACAAUGACGAUAAAGGAAAUAUAUGGCUCACGUCAUUAGUGGUCAAAGCUUUCAACAAAGCUCAGAAGUGGAUUUACAUUGAUGAGAAGCAAAUCCAGGAAUCUGUGAAAUGGAUACAGAGUCUACAACAACCUGACGGCUGCUUCGAAGAGAAGGGGCAAUACUUUAACAAUAAAUUAAAGGUAGAUAAUGAUGCGGGUCGUACUGCAUUCGUCCUAAUUUCUGUCUUUGAACAACAGAAGACAUGCAAUGGAAGUAUUGUGGAAAAUGCCUUGAGCUGUCUCAGGAAAUCAGUGGACAGUGAUUUACCCGUGCACACCCUGGCUCUUAUGGCAUAUGCCUUCACCUUAUCAGGAGACAGUGAACUGAGAGACCAGAUGCUGAAAAAACUGGACGAGAAAGCUGUAAUAACAGAAGGAACAAAACACUGGAAACAAAACCCUGAAGAGCCUGAUGAUAUUGAGACGCUAUCAUAUAUUGUUCUAGCCUUGCUUUCCGACAAGACAAUAACCAGCAAAGAUCUGGGAGAAAGUCUAGUUGUCAUCGGUUUGCUAACGACCCUACAAAAUCCUUAUGGAGGCUUCCGAUCUUCUCAGGACACAACUGUGGCCCUUGAAGCUCUGACCAAAUAUGCCAAAGCCACGAACAACCAGAAGAGGGAUUCAACGGUGACAAUUAGUUCUGAGUCCGGUUUCCAGAAAAUAGUUCAUGUGGAAAAAAGCAACAGUCUUCUUGUACAAACAGUUGACCUUCCAAAAAUCCCUGAAAAAUAUACAGUUAGCAAUAAAGGCGAUGGCUUUGUCUUACUUCAGGUACACUUACAUUAUAACGCUUUUCCUAAAGCAUCUGACAAAGAUUACUUUUCCCUCAAUGUAAGUACUGAGCCAUCUGCCUGCACUCAUGAAUCACAGAAGAAGUUUGAUGUUCAUGUGGAUGUCAGAUAUACUGGAAAGCGAGAAAACACCAACAUGGCACUGAUCCUAAUUGAGCCUACAUCAGGAUACAUUCCCGAUAAAAAGAGUCUUGAAAAGCUGAAACAACAUCCAGGCGUCCAAAGAACAGAAGUAUCAGCAGAGAAGGUUACCAUUUAUCUGGAUACGCUCACCCAUGCAACUGAAAGUUAUGUCCUUUCUCUGGAACAAGAGUCAAAUGUAGAGAAUCUUCAGCCCGCCACUGUUGUAGUCCAUGAUUAUUAUUUUCCAGAGGAGCAUGCUGUGGCCGAGUACAACGCCCCCUGCUGUGGAGUCGUAGCUCACUGUGAUGUAAAGGUCGAUGAGAGAGGUGAUUGUGGACGCUCCGGUAUAACAAAGGAGGAAUGUGAAGGGAAAGGCUGCUGCUUCAAUUCCAGCAUCUACGCAUCUAAAUGGUGUUUCUUCAAAGGAUUUAAGAAGAUAGAAGUCACGGAACACUAAGAAUUAUAAUAUACAGUGACACUGCUGGGGAAGAGUAGACCAUGACAACUAUAUAAAGUCUUCUAUUUUAUCUUCUGUCUCCUUUAAUGGAACACUCAAUAAAAAGCUUCCAACAUCUAAA